CUAUUGGGUUUUGGAACUUCACCAAUCACAGUACAUAAUUAAUAACCAGUCGUUGAUAUAGUUUUUUGUACUUUCAACUUAUGAGUCAGCUGUUGACAUGAAUAACAAAAGAAGAUUAGAAGAUAGGAAAAUAGACUGAGUUUGAGUCUUUAAAACAGUUUUCCUGUGCCUGUCGUAAGUGAGGGAACAGAGCUAAAGGAAGAUAUUAGCUGAAAAAAAAGGAAAUGGGGAGAGUAGAAAUUUUACUCUUGUCUAUAGUGGUUUCGGUAGCUGCAGGCGCAUUAAUAAAUGCAGAGACUCCUCAUUUAGAUCCUCUCUCUGAUGAAUUUAUUCACUUCAUCAACUCUGUCCAGUCGUCAUGGAAGGCUGGAAGGAAUUUUCCUAAAGAUACAUCAUUUGACUUCAUAAGAGGCCUGUUAGGAGUCCAUCCAGAUUCCAAGAAACCUGAGAACCGACUAGAGAAAAAAAUGCACCUGCUCGGAACAGAACAGCUUCCGGAAAACUUUGAUUCUCGGCUGCAGUGGCCCCAUUGUCCCACCAUCCGGGAGAUCCGGGAUCAGGGUUCCUGUGGAUCUUGUUGGGCAUUUGGGGCCGUAGAGUCAAUGUCGGAUCGACAGUGCAUCCAUAACACCAGUACAGGGGCUGUUCACUACUCUGCGGAAGACCUGGUGUCAUGUUGUCACACUUGUGGGUUCGGCUGUAAUGGUGGCUUCCCUGGGGCAGCCUGGCGCUACUGGGUACACAGUGGCAUUGUCAGCGGAGGCAACUAUGGAUCGAACCAGGGUUGUGCGCCAUAUGAAAUUGCGCCUUGUGAGCACCAUGUGAACGGCACUAGACCUCCUUGUGCUGAGGGUGGCAAGACACCUAAGUGUGAGAAACGAUGCCAACACUCAUACAGUGUGGACUACAAUAAGGACAAACACUUUGGGAAGAGCGCUUACAGUGUAGAUGGCGAGGAGAAACAGAUUCAGAUAGAGAUCAUGAAGAAUGGACCAGUAGAAGGAGCUUUCUCAGUCUAUGAAGAUUUUGUACAGUACAAAGCAGGUGUGUACAAGCAUGUGGCAGGCAAGAUGUUGGGAGGACAUGCCAUCCGUAUCUUAGGGUGGGGGGUGGAGGAUGGCACUCCUUAUUGGCUAGUAGCAAACUCCUGGAACUCUGACUGGGGUGAUCAUGGAUAUUUCAAAAUCCUCCGAGGUUCCGAUGAGUGCGGCAUCGAGAGUGAGAUCAAUGCUGGCAUCCCAAAGUAAUCUACAUGACAAUUAGUGUCUGCUCAAUAUUAUGUCUUUUUAACGUUCAUAAUUUGUUUAUGAAAAAAGUGCCAUCAUUGUUGUACUAUAUAUAUAUAUAUAUACUAUAUAUUUGACUGUGGUAUAAAAAAUAAUAAAUUCUCAUACCUGUAUACUCAAAUCGAAGAACAAAAUAUCUUUCUGAUAGUUGAUAUUUGUUUAUGUUACUACUGGAUUAUAUAUUUUUGCUAUGAAGUUCAUGUGUUAUGUUUCAAUAAAUAAAUAUUUUGAAUAUA